ACAUAGUCAGAUUUUAUUUUGUUAUUAUUAUUGUGUGUUAGUUUGAGAGAGUGGUAGUGGUAGUGUCGCUAACGUAGAUUUUAUUUUGUUAUUAUUGUUGUGUUAGUUUAAGAGUAGUAGUGGUAGUGUCGCUAACGUAGUCGUAUUUAAUUUUGUUAUUAUUGUUGUGUGUUAGUUUGAGAGUAGUAGUGGUAGUGGUUGCUAACAUAGUCAGAUUUUAUUUUGUUAUUAUUAUUGUGUGUUAGUUUAAGAGUAGUAGUGGUAGUGUCGCUAACGUAGUCAGAUUUUAUUUGUUAUUAUUAUUGUGUGUUAGUUUGAGAGAGUGGUAGUGGUCGCUAACGUAGAUUUUAUUUUGUUAUUAUUGUUGUGUGUUAGUUUAAAAGUAGUAGUGGUAGUGUCGUUAAUAUAAUUUAUUUUGUUAUUAUUGCCGUGUUCACGCGAUAGUUUAUUUUAGGGGGUGGGGGUCGAUCGCUUUGAAUAUCUGAGGAGAGUUUAACGCAGUUAUUUUAUUUUAAAGUUUAUUUUUGUUUGUUUGUAAACUUUCAACACUCGCAACACCCCCCACCCCCACCGCCUCCAAGGGACAUUUAAAGAUGCCCGUAAAUAAAGAAGACACGGUGCGCGCCGUGGGCCUCCUGCAGGAGUACCACGCACGGCUGGCAGCAUCGCCGGGGGACGCCCGCCUGCGUGGAGCCAUAGAGCGCGUCGUCACCAUCCUGGGCAGCAGCCUCUUCCAGUCGCUCCUCGACGUGCGAGAAUUCUACGAGGCCCUGCUCCUCGACGGCUGCACCGGGACGCCCGUUGGCGGCGUUGGCGGUGCCGGCGUCGCCGACGGCGGCUACUCGCCGGCGCCGACCGGGCCGCCGGGGAUUGGCGAGGUGCGUCCGUGGAUCGUCACGUCUCCACCCUCGCCCGAGGCGGCGUCGCCGGCACCUCGGCCCAGCGUCGCCGCUGCAAACGUCACGGCCGCCGCCGCCGCCGCCGCCACCACCACCACCACGGCCGUCGUGACGCCCGCUCCGGUUCAUUCGCCGCCUGGGCACCGGUCGCCGGUGACGCUGGUGCCACGCAGCCCCGCACGGCAACCCGAGAAGUACCGCUACCAGGAUGAGGAUGGCUCCCCGCCCCCGGACCACAGCCCCGCCCACCGGCUCUUGGAGGCUCCGCGCGGGGGCGGUCCCGAGCUGGUGCACGUGUCGGAGAAGAACCUCUCGCAGGUGGAGAGCGUCCAUGGGCUAGUGGCGCACUCGCACAUCUCCCCGCUCAAGGCGAACCCGCCGCCCAUCAUCGUGAACACGGACAACAUGGACCCCUCGGCAUACAUGAACGGAGCAGAACUGGAGUUUGAGUACGAAGAGAUCACCCUGGAGAGGGGUAACUCUGGCCUGGGCUUCAGCAUAGCGGGCGGUACGGACAACCCCCACAUAGGGGACGACCCCAGCAUCUUCAUCACCAAGAUCAUCCCCGGGGGAGCGGCCGCUCAGGAUGGACGACUCAGGGUCAACGACUGCAUCCUGCGCGUGAACGAGGCCGACGUGCGUGAGGUCGCCCACAGCCGAGCCGUGGAGGCGCUCAAGGAGGCGGGCGCCAUCGUGCGUCUCUACGUGAGGCGACGCCGGCCGGCCGGGGAGACGCUCGCCGAGAUCAAGCUCGUGAAGGGGCCCAAAGGCCUGGGCUUCAGCAUCGCGGGCGGCAUCGGCAACCAGCACAUCCCCGGAGACAACGGCAUCUACAUCACCAAGAUCAUUGAGGGGGGAGCCGCGCAGAGGGACGGCCGCCUGCAGAUCGGCGACCGACUCCUCGCGGUGAACAUGAUGUGCCUGGAGGAGGUGACGCACGAGGACGCUGUGCAGGCCCUGAAGAGCACGGCGGACGUUGUCUACCUCAAGCUGGCUAAGCCCACGAGCAGCGUCUACAUGGCGGACGCCUUCGCCCCGCCUGACGUCACGGGGGGAGCGGGAGGAUUGGGCGGCAUGGGAGAUGAAGGAGCCUACCAGUCCCUGAUGGACAACACAGUGAUGGGUCCCAGCGGGUAUCUCCCUGCGUCGCCCUCUCGCUACUCGCCCGUGCCCAAGCAGAUGGCGUGCGACGACGACAUGCCGAGGGACCUGCGCAAGGUGGUGCUGCACAAGGGCUCCACGGGGCUGGGCUUCAACAUCGUGGGGGGCGAGGACGGCGAGGGGAUCUUCAUCUCCUUCAUCCUGGCGGGGGGCCCCGCCGACUUGAGCGGGGAGCUGCGGCGCGGGGACCAGAUUGUGUCGGUGAAUGGGGUUGACCUGCGGGGUGCUACCCAUGAGCAGGCGGCUGCAGCGCUGAAGGGCGCUGGGCAGGUGGUGACCAUCAUCGCGCAGUACAAGCCAGAGGAGUACAGCCACUUCGAGGCGAAGAUCCACGACCUUCGAGAGCAGAUGAUGAACAGCAGCCUCAGCACCGGCUCUGGGUCGCUCAAGACCAGCCAGAAACGCUCCCUCUACGUCCGGGCGCUGUUUGACUACGACCGCUCCAAAGACAGCGGCCUGCCCAGCCAGGGCCUGAGCUUCCGCUUCGGCGACAUCCUCCACGUGCUCAACGCCUCGGACGACGAGUGGUGGCAGGCGCGGCGCGUCACGGCCGAGGGGGAGAGCGACAGCAUCGGGGUGGUGCCCAGCAAGCGCCGCGUGGAGCGGAAGGAGCGAGCGCGGCUUAAGACGGUGAAGUUCAACUCCAAGUCGGACACGAGAGGGGACUUGCAGAGCUACGGGGAAGAUGGGCGGUCGAAAAGCAUGACUGGGAGCCAGGAUGAGUACAUCCUGUCCUACGAGCCCGUCACUCAGCACGAGCUGCGUUACACCAGACCUGUCAUCAUCCUGGGCCCCAUGAAAGAUCGAAUAAAUGACGACCUCAUCUCCGAGUUCCCCGACAAAUUCGGCUCCUGCGUCCCUCACACGACGCGCCCCAAGCGGGACUACGAGGUGGACACACGCGACUACCACUUCGUGGCGACGCGCGAGCAGAUGGAGCGGGACAUCCAGGAGCACAAGUUCAUCGAGGCGGGGCAGUACAAUGGCCACCUGUACGGCACCAGCGUGCAGAGCGUGCGCAACGUCGCAGAGAAGGGCAAGCACUGCAUCCUGGACGUGUCGGGGAACGCCAUCAAGCGGCUGCAGAUAGCACAGCUCUACCCGGUCGCCAUCUUCAUCAAGCCGAAGAGCAUGGAGAACAUCCUAGAGAUGAACAAGCGUCUGAGUGAGGAGCAGGCACGCAAGGCCAUGGAGAGAGCUCUGAAACUGGAGCAGGAGUUUGGAGAAUUCUUCUCUGCCGUGGUGCAGGGCGACACGCUGGACGAGCUCUACAGGCAGGUGAAGACGGUCAUCGACGACUCCUCAGGACCCUUCGUGUGGGUGGCCUCACGCGAGAAGCUGUGAGAGAGGCAGAGGAGAGAGGAGAGAGAGAGAGCGGCAAGAUGGAGAGGACACGGGCAACCGGUGCCUCUCUCACUCCGGCCUCCACUCUCACCACCACCACCACCACAGCCAUCAUCGCCACCACUUCAGCCGUCACCACCACCACCACCACAACCGCCACCACCG